AUCUAUAACAUAAUGGCUCUCAAAAGAUCGGACAAGAGAGACGCGGAUAAAGAAGACAUUGUACCUCUUCAUGACGACGAGGAUGAGGAAGAGGAAGAAGACGAUGACGAGGAUGUUAGACCUGCCAAGAGAAAGUAUAAUCCAUUCAUUGAUGAAAUGGCUAUUGUGGACGACGAUGAAGACGACGAUGAUGAGGAUGAAGAAUACGGCCGAGAAGACGGUUUUAUUGAAGAAGAGAAUGAGGAGGUAUCCAACACAAAAACCACCUCUCGUCGACAUCUUGAUUUAGAUCGUAGAAGAAGAGAAAUGGAGGGCAUGGACGAUGAGCAAGUAGCUGCUUUUUAUGCUGAGAAAUAUGGUGGUCGUAGUAAACCUCAAAGUUUCAAAGAUACAGAAGAAGUGCCUCAACAAUUAUUACUUCCCAGCGUCAGUGAUCCUAAUUUAUGGAUGGUCAAGUGCAAGCCUGGUAAAGAGAAGGAUGUUAUUUUUGGUUUGAUGAAGCGUUGUUUUGAUCGUCAGGAAAGCGCCAACUCAUUAGAUACCUUUUCCGCAUUUGCCAGAGAAACAUUAAAGGGUUAUAUUUACGUUGAAGCGCGACGACAAGCUCAUGUACAAGAAGCAUUAGCCAAUAUUCCUAACGUAUAUAUGUCAACACUCAUGUUAGUACCCAUUAAAGAUAUGGUUGAUUCUAUCUCUGUACAAAAGAAAGAGGUUGAAAUCCCCUUGGGUGGCUGGGUUCGUAUUAAACGUGGUACCUAUGCUGGUGAUUUAGCUCAAGUCAUGGAGAUUUCCGAUUCACAAGAUCAGGCCCGUGUCAAGGUCGUACCUCGUUUAGAUCUCGAAACCGCAAACGAUGAAGAGAGCAAUAAUGGAUUGAAUACUAAGCGCAAGAAGGGUAUUCGCGCUCAACCUAAAUUAUUCAACCCUGAGAGAUUAGCCAACCGCUCCAUUUCCAGUCUUCAGAAAAAGGGUCCUUAUUGGGUUUACAAUGGUGAUCAUUAUCGUGAUGGUUAUCUUGAAAAAUACAUGAAGGUCACUACAUUGCAAAUUGAAGAUGUCAACCCUACACUGGAUGAAAUUGCUAGAUUUGCUGGAAGCGGUGAAUUAAAUGGUGAAGAUGGUGAACGUUCCAUCGAUUUAACUUCAUUAUCCAGCAUGGCUAUCAAUAACGCUCAAGCUCAAACCUUAUUCCAGAAUGGUGAUGUGGUGAGUGUGAUUGAAGGUGAUAUGAUUCAUAGUUGGGGUACAGUUGAGAAUGUGCAUGAUUCAUCUGUUGUGGUUUCUUUGGAUAUGGAUGGUAUUAAAAAACGAGUGACUUUACCUGCCAAACAAUUACGUAAAAAGUUCAAGGCAGGUGACCAUGUCAAAGUUAUCAAUGGUCGUUUCAAGGAUGAAAGUGGUAUGGUUUUAAAUAUCGAAGACAGUAUCGUGACCUUGUUAUCCGAUGCCUCACUCAAGGAAGUGCGUGUAUUUGCUAAGGAUUUACGUGAAGCUGCUGAAGUCAUGUUUGGUAAGACGGUUAUUGGUAAUUAUGAAUUGCAUGAUUUGGUGCAACUUGAUUUCUAUACAGUGGGUGUGAUUGUGAAGGUAGAUCGUGAUUCUUUCAAGGUCUUGACACAAAAUGGAGAAAUGCGUACUGUGGAACCUCAUCAGAUUACUAAUAAGCGUGAUAGCAAUAAGGCUGUUGCAACAGAUGCCAAUGGAAACAGUAUUCGUUCCGGCGAUACCGUGAUGGAAGUUGGAGAUAAGCGUAACUGUUCUGUACUUCAUCUUUACCGUCAUUUAGUUUUCUUGCAUUCUCGUGAGCAUGCAGAUAACUUUGGUGUCUGGGUAACUAGUACUCGUUCUAUCGUGAGCGCUGCAACAAGAGGCCGUGUAUUACCUAAUCCUGAGAAGCAAAACCCUCAAUUUGGCAGUGCCGCUGCUAACGGUGGAUUCGGUAGAGAUGGUAGAGGCGGUAUGGAUGGUAGAGGCGGUAUGGAUGCCAGAGGGGGUAUGGAUGCUAGAGGAGGACGUGGUGGACGUGGUGGAGCCCGUGGCGGUUUCUACGGCCGUGGUCGUGGUGGUAGAGAUAAUCUAGUUGCCAAAACCGUUCGUAUCUCACAAGGACCGCAUAAAGGCUAUAUCGGUAUUGUCAAAGAUGCUACCGAUAAUCAAGCUCGUGUAGAACUUCAUACCAAUUGUAAAGUCAUUAAUGUGGAAAAGAAUCAUUUAAUGAUCUUGGAUGCCCAAGGCAACUCCAUUGGUCAAGCUGCAUCCGAUCGCUUCGAUUCUCCAGUCAGUAACAAUGGUGGUUUCGCUAGACCCAUGGCCACACCCAGUCGAUUUGGUGAUGGUGCUAUGACACCUAUGCAUGGUGCAGCCUCUGGAUCCAGAACGCCUGCUUGGAAUUCUGGUUCCAAAACACCUGCCUGGAACUCUGGCGCUAGAACCCCUAAUCCUUAUAAUGAUGGUGGUCGUACACCUGCUUGGGAUUCUGGGUCAAAGACUCCCAUGUGGGGUCAUGAAACUCCUGCCUGGAAUAGCAGCAGUAACAGUAGUAGUCAUGAAAGUAGAUCGAGUCAAAGUCACAAUGCCCGUUCAUCGUCCUCAUCAUCAUCUAUUCCACAAGUACCUAAAUCAUCAAGUUACUCCAGUAGUCGAUUUGCAGAUGCCGAUACAGCACCCACUCCCGGUGCCUCUUGGACCGCUCCUACACCAGCUGCUAGUUACGAAGCAAGAGCGCCUACGCCUGCUGUCAAUUUCUCACAAACACCAUAUGAUGCACCUACACCAUAUGAAGCCGCGCCUACACCUGGUGCUAAUUUGAUUCCACCCACACCUGCGGCUAUGAUGUCAGCGCCCACACCUGGAAAUUACCCACCGACUACACCAGGUAACUUCAUGCCUACUACACCUGCCACAGGAUUACCUCAAACACCGUUCAUGCCAACAGGAGGUGAUUAUGGACAUGUAGAGGAUCAAGGCGAUCAAGGCGAGGAUAACUGGCCCAUUGAGGAGAUUGAGGUUAAAUUGAAGAGAAGUCAAGGAGAAGCACAGCAAGGACAAUUGGGUAAAAUUGUCACGGUGAAUAGAAAUAGUCGUAAAUGUCUUGUUAGUUUACUGGAUAACCAUCAAAAGGUGGACAUGUCAUUUGAUUAUUUAGAGCCUGUCAGACCUAGUAAAAAGGAUAAUGUUCGAAUUAUCUUGGGUGAGCAUCGUGGUGAAUUAGGUUCCCUCGUUGGUGUAGAUAGUCAUGAUGGUAUUGUUCGUCUCCGAGGGGAUGGCAGUGGAUUUAAAAUUUUAAGCAUGAAUUCAGUUGCUAAAUAUACUGGUACUGAUAAUGUUGAUUAAAGCCCCCACUCACGCACACGAUUUUCCUUCUUUUUCUUAAUAUAAAUAUACAUACACAUGGCAUAGCAAUUGUGCUCGAGUUUUUGACUGAGGUCUCUCUUUUUUUUUUAAUUUUAUCCAGCUUAUCAUGUGAGAUGAUUGUGGAUUUGUUUUUAUUA